UUUUUGUGAGAAAGGAAAACUCGUACAUUCUUCAAUUCUGGCCUUAAAUUGGUUCAUAUUGCUAAGCGAAAGAGCUUCUUUCUGCUAAAAAAAAAUCCUUUUAUAACCAUCACUUUUUUAUUCUGAUAUUAAGCAAUGGAAAGCAAGCUCAAUGAUGAGCAAGACCUAGAGAUCUGGGAACACAUCAACCUCGACAAACUCGAUAUAAAAGCAUUAUACAGAUACAUCAAGCUAAAGGAGAGCAAUGUCCAUGUGACAAACAAAGAUGGCUAUAGCCUACUUUACUUGGCAGCCUACAACAAGAAUGUAGAAGCUUUACGGAUCUUACUCCUACAGCCCAACAUGGAUGUCAAUAGAUUGAAUGGACCUCAUCACGAAAUAGCUCUCCAUGCAGCAUGCUCAAAAGGGUUAUUUGAUGGUGUCGAGUUAUUGAUUGAUAAUGGUUCAAAACUCGACGUCAAAGACUCUCUUGGUCACACACCACUUACCAAUGCCAUCUUUUCCAACUCAUUGGCUUGUGUUGAACUGCUCUUGUCAGCAGAGAAAGGUGCUGAUGUAACAGUGACUGAUGAACAAGACAACAAUCUAUUACAUUUAGCUGCUACUAACAACUUUUCGACGUGCAUUCCACUCUUAGUUCAAAAAAGAGUUCCUAUUGACGAUCACAAUCAACGUGGAUUAUCACCAUUGGCUAUUGCCAUCAGUUUUGGAUUCAUAGAAACAGCCUUUGUCCUUAUUGAUAAUGGUGCUGAUGUGAACGGAAAGACGCAUUUUGCCACUGUACUUCAUCAUGCAGUUACUUGGAAUCGACUCGAGAUCAUCAAAAAGUUAGUAGAAAAGGGCUGCAACCCUAAUGUGGUCAACAUGUUAGAAGAAACACCACUGUAUUUAGCAGUGCAGCAACGAAAAAUUGAUAUUGUACGAUAUCUGAUAGAAGAAGCAAAAGCAGAUCCAUGUUACAUGCUUCAUAAUCCUAACAAUACAACCAACUUGCCAUUACUUUAUGCAGCAAAUCAUGGCUAUACAGAAAUGAGCAAACUCUUGCUCACGCCAAGGACAUCGACGUUCUUUAUACAAAUCUCAGCAGACAUGAGUCAGAGAGUAGGGCAUCAAGCAACUGAAGAUUAUUUAAGGAAGAGUUUGACUCAACAAUCAAUGGAAGAUGCUACACCAACACCAACUACUACAGUUAAUAACACGAAUAGUGAAAAAGAUGAUGAUGUUGCUUUCGCGUCUCUCUUCAAUACGUUUAGUGACGAAGAAUAAAGAUGUGUUGUUCCUCUCUACAAAGUAAAAUACAUGUUCGCAUGCCUGCAAUGUUGUGAGUUGUGAGAGUUGGUUAUUUAUUGUCAAUAAUAACAAAACUGUUU